UCAGCUCAUGCACAGAGGUGUGGCAGGGUGUGUGUCGGGAGCUGGGCUGGAGGAUCGACGAGUCCAUUCAGGAUGCGACGCACUGGAAGGGGGUCUACCUGAAGGCUAAACUGCGCAUGAUGCAGCUGAACGACCAGGAGGCCUUUGAGACAUCGUCCCUCAUUGGCCACAGUGCUCGGGUAUACGCCCUCUACUAUAAGGACGGCCUUCUCUGUACAGGAUCUGAUGACCUGUCUGCCAAAUUAUGGGAUGUGCGAACUGGGCAGUGCAUUUAUGGAAUUCAGACACACACGUGCGCCACAGUGAAGUUUGACGAACAGAAGCUGGUGACUGGUUCCUUCGACAACACUAUUGCAUGCUGGGAGUGGAGCUCGGGGGCUAAAAUCCAGCAGUUCCGUGGCCACACAGGAGCAGUGUUCAGCGUGGACUACAACGAUGAGCUGGACUUGCUGGUCAGCGGCUCUGCAGACUUCUCCGUGAAGGUCUGGGCUCUGUCUGCUGGUGCCUGUCUCAACACCCUGACCGGACACACCGAGUGGGUCACCAAGGUGAUACUACAGAAAAGUGAAGUAGAAUCUAUGGUGCACAGUCCUGGUGAUCAUAUCCUCCUCAGUGCUGAUAAGUAUGAAAUUAAGGUAAUGCUCCUGUCUCCAGCAGCUUCUUGUUGUGUCAGAAGGGAUACACCAAUUAUUGGCCUGGCCCAUUAUCAGAUCCCAUAUGCAGCAUUUUUACAAUUAAUGGAAUCGGUGAUAAAAACACAGGACCCAGCUAACCUGUCCCUGCUCAGCUUUGGCGAGGUGUUCGCACUACUUUUCGACAACCACUUCCUGUACGUGAUGGACCUGAGGACAGAGGCCAUCUCGGGCCGCUGGCCUCUACCGGCCUACAGAAAAUCCAAACGAGGAUCCAGCUUCCUGGCCGGCGUGACGUCCUGGCUCAACGGCCUGGACGGGGACAAUGACUCUGGACUAGUGUUUGCCACCAGCAUGCCGGACCAUAGCAUUCACUUAGUACUGUGGAAAGAGAACGGAUAGAAGCGAGCCAAGGACUCUGAUCUCCACACUGCUAGGAUACGGGCAGCAAUCAUGUGUGGCUCUGGAAUAUAUGAACUUCAACAGCCAAGAUAGAUCAUGCAUGGACCAAAGCAUUUUGUUUUUAUCUGUUUCUUCCUUAGCAUACAGUCCUCCUCUACACAGAAACUUUCACAGAUGGAAAUGGAAGGCAAACCACGAAGAUGACAUUACUGAUCAGCCCUUGCUCCUGAUUUCUGCAGAAACCUGUAAACCUCUCAUUGGUCUUGGUCAAGGACAAAGAAAGACUUCUUGAAAGCCAAGAUGUGUCAGUGACAACAAAAAAAUAGCAUCAAAGGUUCCAAAAUAAAAACUAUAGAAAUUCUCUUGUAACAGACUUUAUCAUGGAAGUGUUUCUGUCAGAUCUGCUCUCUGAUCAGUUUAGCAUUGUGCGUUCACACUUGUAGCCAACCUUUAAUCCGUAUUCUUUUAACCGGGUGCUAACUUUGGCCACCAACCUUUUCUUACCAGGGUGAGACUACGUCAGACGUGCUGUAGCUAGAACAUGGACGAUGCCGGGCUGAUCACUGAGCAGAUUUGCCAAAAACAGCAGGGUUGCCUUAAAACACAGUCACUGUCAAUAACACACACACA